UGCUUGACACACAGCAGCGCUGAGUGCAGCCUGCCUUGCCGGGGUCGGACUGAAGCUCAAGAAACGACAAGGAGAAGCGAACAUCUGGCCGCUCAUCAUGAAAGGACGUCCGGGCUUCUAGGAAAGAACACGACGAACCGGGUGGAAAUAAAUUUUUUCUCAGGUUAUGAAGGAAGAAUGGAGUUCCCAGACCAUAGCCGCCAGUUGCUGCAGUGUCUGAGUCAGCAGCGUCACCAAGGUUUCCUCUGUGACUGCACUGUUCUUGUCGGGGAGGCUCGAUUCAAAGCGCACAGAGCCGUGCUGGCCUCCUGCAGCAUGUACUUCCAUCUUUUCUACAGGGACCAGCUGGACAAAAGGGACGUUGUGCAUCUCAACAGUGACAUUGUGACAGCCCCGGCUUUCAGUCUGCUCCUUGAAUUUAUGUAUGAGGGGAAGUUGGAUUUCAGCUCUCUCCCGGUGGAGGAUGUCCUGGCAGCAGCCAGUUACCUCCACAUGUAUGAUAUAGUGAAAGUGUGUAAAGGCAAGCUUAAAUAUAAGGACUGUGCUCUGGAUGAAAAGAUGACUGAGGGCUUGGGACUUGGCUGCCUGGACAGAGAAAAUUCUUUGGAAAGCGAGCUGCACAGUAAGCAGCUCAUCCGGCGACUGCCCCAGACACAGUCUCAGGGGCUCCUCAUGGCCCCCCUGAAACAAGAGUUUGACAUGGACAACAGCGAAGUCAGGCUGGCUGUCACAGAUUGUGAUAGGUCUGUGUGGAGCAGGCAGAAGGCGAACGGUCACUCUGGCAGGUCCCCGGACCUUGUAGGUGUCAAUUAUUUGUCAGCAGAGGCCGAGCCCUGCGUCCAAACAGCUGGAAAAACAAAAGCUGAUGUCAGUAGUUCCACCGUAUCGCUGUCCCAGAGGUCCCGGGCUUCAGAUGACAUGGACUGUGCGCUGGAUUUGUCUUUCAAGCCUCUGUCUAGCAGAGAUCCCUUACACCCCUCCUACGUCUCGGGACAGCUGGCCCUCGACAGCCAGCAGCAGGGCACUGAGCCACUUGUUAAAGACGAACACGACUUGCUGUCAGAGCAGGAGGACAGUGAGCCGAUGAGCCCUGAGAGCCAGCGCUUUGGGAAUAGUGCCAGGAGCUCAGUGGUGACAGGGUUCGCUGCCCUCUUCCCAGGCAACAACGGAUCCACAGCCGCCCUGCUCUCCCAGGAGGAGGACCUGAUGGACGAGGAGGGGGAGGCCUGCAGGGGGAGGGAGGGCGCCCCGGGCCGGGAGGUAGAGGAGAGGAGGGGGAGGCUGCUGGGGGACAGCGAGGAGGAGGAGGAGGAUGACCUGGCCUCUUCAGACAUCUCCACCUCCAGCGGGGUGCUCCUGCCCCCGGGGCAACAGGUGUGUGUGUGCCCCCUCUGCAGCAAAGUCUUCCCCAGCCCCCAUGUGCUGCAGCUGCACCUCAGCUCACACUUCCGUGAGAAAGAUGGUGCUCGCUCCAAGCUGUCCCCUGAUGGCUCGGUCCCCACCUGCAUGCAGUGCAACAAGACCUUCUCCUGUAUGUACACCCUGAAGCGCCACGAGCGCACACACUCUGGCGAGAAGCCAUACACCUGUGGCCAGUGUGGCAAGAGCUUCCAGUACUCCCAUAACUUGAGUCGGCACGCUGUGGUUCACACACGGGAGAAGCCUCAUGCCUGUAAGUGGUGCGAGCGACGCUUCACCCAGUCUGGGGACCUCUACCGCCACAUCAGGAAGUUUCACUGUGGCCUUGUCAAGACUCUCGCCAUUGGAUAAAACCCCUCUCACCAGUGCCAUGACACGAGACAGAAUGUCUUUUCAUACACUGAAUAAUACUACUGAACACUUUCCCCAUCAGUACACAGACAUGUUGGCAGUUUAUUUUGGAGACUUUUCUUUUUGGAUUCUACCCCAUGUGGCAUUUCUCAAGUUAAAGAUGUAGCAAACUGGAGCUGCUUCCUGUGCUGGACCGUGACACAGGCCUACAUGAUGGUCAGAGGCAGGCUGUUAGGAUACACAUGGGUGCUGUGAAACCCAAGCUGGAUCUGUGUUGAUGAAGGUGAACAAAUUUAGAUGAUGCACUUGUUUGUUUCUGUCUUGUUUCUGUCUAUCUUUUGACUUUAUUUUGAGAAGUAUAUUUGCUGAGAGUACACCCCAUGUUCGAGCCUAUGGGCAAAUGGGUGAUAGGUAACGCUAACAUAUGUUAAUACAAUCGUCAGAGUGAGUGAGACUUUUAUUUGUGCACAUGGGAGAUCAGAACCGUCCGUAAGUAGCAAUAUAUGAUUUUUUCGAACUCCUACGUUAUUAAUAUUAUUAUUAUUAUUAUUAUUAUUAUUAUUAUUUAUUUUUGGGGAUUUGUUUAGUCCUUAACAAGUAUCAUACGGCAGCAAAACUAAUGAAGAUUAACUACUGGAAGUAUAACUAUUUUUUUCAUGAAAGUAGAAUUAUUAUUUGAUUUAAAUGAACUUGGUGGCAGUUUUAUGUUCUUUAUAACAACAGGCAAGCAGACCAUCAUAUCACCAUAUUUCUCCUUUUUUCUGCCUAGGGGUGAGACAGCACGUCUUGAGUUGCUAAUGUGACUGAGCACAUACAGUAUCAAUGGGAUGGCCUUCUAAUUUGCUAUUUAAAAAUAAGUUUUAUAAUCAGAGGAGGGAAGUUAAAAGCUAAUGCGCAUAACACUGGUGCCUAAUACAAUUCUCAACACUUCACCUGGUGUACUUACUUAAACAAGAAUGAGCUGCAUCACAACACCUUCUUGUCAAAUUCAGUGAGUUUUAAGGCCUUUUGAAAUAAUCUGGAUUACACUCCACAUACCAGGUGGUAACAAAGAUUAUUGUCCAGUCUGGAAUGCCUAUUUAUCCAAGAGCGUCCUUAACACAAAUGCAAUAAAAGAACUUAAAGCAAACUCAAAUACAUUUUUUAUUGUUUGGGUUAAAGGCUACUUUCUUCCAGUGAAUUACCUUGUUAUUUCCUGGUAUGACAUAAAGGGCAAACCCUCAGCAGGCAGGAAGGGAGACAGGUGGAUAUUCAGUGCUUUGUUGUUCAUCAAAGCUGUGCUCCAGGUGCCAUUCAGCUCAAUCUACUGACUUCUUUCUUUCUUUGAAUUAACCUUUUGACAGUAUCAUAUCUUUUUUCUGUAUGUGUGUAUGUGACUACUGAUGAAGCUGGAGCCUUUAGUGAUGCUGUCCUUUUAAAAAAAAAAAAGAAUCUUUCAAGUCUGUUAACAUAGAUGCUAUCUGGAUUCUUAGGGAGACGGCGUAGCACUAAAAGUUCAUGAUAUUUUGUCUAAUCUGUCCUGAGAAGACUUGAUCAGAAUUUAUUUAUUAGUUUGACUUGGUUCAGGGUUUACUGUAGGUGUACUUCUUAUUUUCUAUAAGCUUGAAAAGACGCCGCGUCUUGCCUAGCGAUCUUGGUACUCAUUAACUGGUAUUGGGGCUGUCUGUUAUUUUGUUCUCUGAGCAAAUCGAGUUACUGUAAUUGUAUUUUAAUAUACCGUGUAGAAAGCUCAAGAUUUGUCACAUGGAACAUAGAGAAGCACUUGUUUUAAGCAUGCAUAUAGUUUCAACACUAUUGUCUAGGCUGCUAUUUCUUACAUAUGUAUAUUUAAUGUAAAUAUAUAUUCUAUUUAUCAAGCUGUUUUUGUUCUUUUCCGUGUUACAACACAGAGUCAGGUGUCUUAUUAAGGCUGCAGUCUCUUAAGGGUCACGUCUUCCCAAGUUUGGUUCCUUUUCCAUAUUUAAGAACAGUUAAUACUAAUACUGCUGUUCUGCCACAGGAAACAGUUGUUCACAAGCACGGCCACACCGAUACGGCAUUAGUUACCUAUAGAAACCAGACAAUACAGGCAUUGUCCCCCCCCACCCCCCACCACUACCACCAAAUCCCAGGUAGUUCUCAAGGGAUCAUUGUGUAUUUUUCCGCUGGCUGUGGGCAGAAAAGGCAAAGCAAGUCUCUCUUUGCACUUUUCUGUAUUGAAUGGAGCCAUUGGAAUUUGAGAAAUGUAUUUAGCAAAGGGAGACCAAGGACACUGUAAACAGGUGUAUUGUUUGGAGGCAUCAAAGAACAGCCCCCCCCACCCCAACCACCACCACCUUAUCCCAGCAUGCAGUAGAUAAAUGCUUCAUUGUUCCUCCACAUUGAGGAGAUACCACGGUAAUUUGAUUGCACAUCGAUCCAGAGAAUAUCAGAAUUAUCUUAGUAUUGUUUUCUAAGUGCUCGAUUUAGAAAGAUUGUGGGUACUGAAAAUAAUAUGUCUGGCAAUUGUGACGACACCGGUCAAACGUAGGCGCUGACGUCCUAUCCAUUUCAGCAUAGCGCACUCUUAAGGUGUCUUUAUGUUUUUAUGUUAAUCACCAAGACUUCUUUCAGGACACAGAAAAAUGAAUUCAAAUGGUUUGUCAAGAGAGCCCAAGUCGAGGCAGAAUAUUUCAUGCAGAAUUACUGCAAUCUGUUCUCAUUCUACUACCUGACCUGGAGUCAGCAUUGGAGGCUUGAAUGAACACACAAUGUGAUUUGGCUCCCUGUUAACUUGCACAAACACUCCUGCCGUUCGCCUGCUCUGAGAGUUUAAUCACUGAGAACAAUGUGUUACAGAUACAUAGCUGUAGUAGUGUUAAUGGUCAAUCAGAACACAGGAAUGUAGGUUUUGUCUUUUGUCUUUAAAGAAACAUUUCUUAUGUGGUGCACAUUCAUUUGCUUGAUUCUCUGAUGUACAUGUGUACAAAGGUGGAAAAACUAACAAUAUGUGAAGAUUUAUUUUCUUUUUAUUGUUUGCAGUCUUUAUUUAUACCUCCAGGAUGAUCACCACUUGUGCCUUGUAGACACACAAAUAGGUGUUGCAUCUGGAGAAGCCCUUUUUCAAUAUUGUACAUCAUUUGCCCUUCACUGCGGCAUUCAAAUCACAGCGACAGAAGCCCACUGAAGUGAUUCACAACUGUUGUUCCUGUCUUUCUAUCAUGUCAAACAUCAGAAAAACUAAAAGUUACAAGUCCAGUUAUUUUUGCUGCUUUUGCAAGAGAUUACAUUUAACAUUUAUUUGAUCGCUUUUGUUUAUGUGAAUAAAUCUGUUUUGGACGUGUUAACUGAAAACAAGCAUUUUUAUUUUAUUUGGCUUUUUAGAAGCCGAUACUACUGGGAACUAACUGUCCGUUCCUUUAAUUAUUAUCACUGUUGAAUGUGAAACACUGAGAUUCUGAUUGUUGACUUUUAUGGAAAUUUGUUCGAGGGCUAUGUUUGCCUAACUCAUGCUGUAUGAUGUUUUAAGUCUAAAAAAAUUACUUUACCAAUACUGGAAUUUUGUCCUCAGCAGGUUACAACUGUGAAAUUGUGUAUAAUCAUGAGAAAUAUUUAUUGCUGCACUUGCUUCUUGUGCAACAUUUGACUGUCUCAGUUUUAAUUUGGUAAAAAAAAAAAAGCUUCUAAAUAUCGAACGGAAAUCUUUUUAAUAGAAUUUGUAGUAAGUGCCAUUAGAAUUUAAUAUAAUUUUUUAAUAAGAAAGGUAUAUUUUAUAGUAAUCAAUUGCUUCAGUGUUAGUGGUGUAGAGAUUAGAGGACAAUCUUUAUGCAGAGUUGACAUUGCUUAGAUAUUGAGGCAAUUUACUUUUGAUCUGUAACUGUAUGUGCAUUUUCUUUGUUUGCGCUUUUGGAGUGUGCUUGUGUGCGUGUGCUGUGGAAAUGUGACAAUCUUGAUUUUAGGUCUUUCUUAAGAUUAUGCAUAGAAUUAAAUGAACAACUUUC